GGAGGGAGGAGCGCUGCCCGUGCCACUUGGGCCCGGCCCGGCCCGGCCCCGCCGCCGCGAUGCUGCUGGAAACGGAGCUGGCGGGCGACCGAGAUCGGCCCGGGGCCCCCGCAGCCGCCGCUGUCUGCACCUUACGCGGGACUCGGGAGAUCCCACUGUGUGCCGGCUGCGACCAGCACAUCCUGGACCGCUUCAUCCUCAAGGCUCUGGACCGCCACUGGCACAGCAAGUGCCUCAAGUGCAGUGACUGCCACACGCCGCUGGCCGAGCGCUGCUUCAGCCGCGGAGAGAGCCUCUACUGCAAGGACGACUUCUUCAAGCGCUUCGGGACCAAGUGCGCCGCGUGCCAGCUGGGCAUCCCGCCCACGCAGGUGGUGCGCCGCGCCCAGGACUUCGUGUACCACCUGCACUGCUUCGCCUGCGUCGUGUGCAAGCGGCAGCUGGCCACGGGCGACGAGUUCUACCUCAUGGAGGACAGCCGGCUCGUGUGCAAGGCCGACUACGAGACCGCCAAGCAGCGAGAGGCCGAGGCCACGGCCAAGCGGCCGCGCACGACCAUCACGGCCAAGCAGCUGGAGACGCUGAAGAGCGCCUACAACACGUCGCCCAAGCCCGCGCGCCACGUGCGCGAGCAGCUCUCCUCCGAGACCGGCCUGGACAUGCGCGUCGUGCAGGUGUGGUUCCAGAACCGCCGGGCCAAGGAAAAGCGGCUCAAGAAGGACGCCGGCCGGCAGCGCUGGGGCCAGUACUUUCGUAACAUGAAGCGCGCCCGCGGUGGCUCCAAGUCGGACAAGGACAGCGUCCAGGAGGAGGGGCAGGACAGUGACGCCGAGGUCUCCUUCACAGACGAGCCAUCCAUGGCCGAAAUGGGCCCUGCCAACGGCCUCUACGGCGGCCUGGGGGAGCCUGCCCCUGCCUUGGGCCGGCCCUCGGGGGCCCCGGGCAGCUUCCCGCUGGAGCACGGAGGCCUGGCGGGCCCGGAGCAGUAUGGAGAGCUGCGCCCCAGCAGCCCCUACGGUGUCCCCUCGUCGCCCGCCGCCCUGCAGAGCCUCCCUGGCCCCCAGCCCCUCCUCUCCAGCUUGGUGUACCCGGAGGCUGGCUUGGGGCUUGUGCCCGCGGGAGCCCCAGGUGGGCCCCCACCCAUGAGGGUGCUGGCAGGGAACGGACCCAGCUCCGACCUAUCCACGGGGAGCAGUGGGGGCUACCCCGACUUCCCUGCCAGUCCCGCCUCCUGGCUGGACGAGGUGGAUCACGCUCAGUUCUGACUGAGGCCCCAGCUCCGUGGAGCACCAGACACGAGCACUGCCCCUGGCUGGGUGGUCGGGAGCCGCGCUCUCCUUUCCCGAAGCCCUGGGCCUCUAAAGGACACAGGGUCACCGGCGGGGCACAGGCUGAGGACUGUCCAGCCCGGCGGCCCUGGCCCCGGGCAGAGGGACUUUCUCCCGGUCUCGAGGCUCCUUCUGGGACAAGGGGCGGAGCCCACCUGGUGGCUGCUCAGCAAGCCUUGUUUUGUAAGCAGAUUCCUCCCUUUAUCAACCAAAAUUAACUGAGUGCUUGCUGCUCUUUCUAGACCGGAGUGGUCAGCCCCCGAAGCCGGGGAGGGGGGCUCUCCCCAGCCCAGAGCAGCACAGCCCUCAGACUGGAAGAUGCUUUAAUUUUUAAAAUUAAAAAAUAAUACGAACUGUGCUUCCAUUUCCCAGCUUCCUCUGUCUGAGUUCUGCCGCCCCCCGGCCCUCCCACUUUAGUUCGGAGCGAGGCCUUGUCUGUCCAGGCGGCCAGGGGGCGGGGGGGGGGCGGCAGUGGGGAGGCCACGCCUGCGUCCUUCCUGGUCCCUCUGGGGACCUCGCCGCCACCAACCUCUGCCUUCCCCGGGAUCCGCCUCACUCCUCUCCCCUGGGACACCUGGCUCCAGAUCUUUCUGUCUUUCUGACUCCACGCCCCCGGGGGAGAGACAGGCUCUAGGCCACGAGGAGCCCUUGCAGCCCAGACUCGGUGUUCGCCGCUGCCUGCGCCCAGUCUCAGCCGCCCUCGGGCCCUCAGCGUCCAGGCUAAGCCCAGCCCUCCGACGUCCGAUUCCGUUGCCAAACAGCUCCAGCUCCCCCCUCUAGCGAGCGGGCUCCAGCUGCCGGAGGAUGGGACGCCCCGCUGGAGAGGGCUGGGGGGCCCUCCCCCUGCCAGAUGCUCGGCCGCGGACACAAAGGCUGGCCGCGCGUGAACUCAAAGGUAUUCCUCCAGCCCGCGUCCCAAGCUACCUGUUGGUUCUGUGAAGGUCCCCUGGCUUUUAUUUAUUCUCUGACCAUCAGUUCUUCAAUAAAUUUGUCAGUUUCAGUCGCCGGAAGGUUCAUAUCCUUGGCAGGGAAUGGGGUGCAGGCCGGGGGUGGGGCACGGGAGGGGGGACGGUUCUUCGAAAGCGGGGAGCCCCCUUGGAGUAGCUCUUGGCUCCUGGCCAGGGAUGGCACCUGGUGUGAAUGGGGGCCCCUUUGUUUCUGGAUCUUGGCUAGACAUCUGAGCAUGGGAAGGAAUGGGGGAGGACAGACCGUCCCACCGUGGGCGGAGGUGCUGGGCUCCCCUCUCUGUCCCCAGGAGGGGCAGGCGCUGGGGCGGCCGGGUGAGCUGAUGGCUCCGGGUUUGGAGCUGGCUUCCGCUGGGGGAGGGGCACUGCCCUAGUCAACUUGUCAGGAGAGCUGUGGCCAUGGGGGUCUCUCCAACUUGGGUUCCAGCCCUAGCCACCUGCUAACUUGCUGUGUGACCCUGGGGAAGUGACCUGCUCCCCCACCCUGCUUUCCUCCUGUCAAGGGGAGACAGGUGACAACCCCUCCACGGGGAGACAUAAGAUGGUCAGUGACCCCCGCCCCCCCGCUGUGGGUGCUCACUCCAGGGCAGAGCCCUGGCUCUGUGUCCUUCACUGCACCCUGGGCACUGAGGUGGGGGGGGCGGAGAACAGGCCCCCAGUUAUGCACCAGAUCAGACA